AUGGAUCGGUCAACGGGAUCCGCGAAGAAGAAGAAGGUCAUGAGUCCUGCGGCCACCGCCCCAGCGCCAGUAGCAGUCCCGAACCAGGAGCCCUUUGGGCCCAAGCUCGCGGCCCUGUGCUACUUUGGCCUCUUUGCAUCCCUCGCGAUCUGCCUCACCGGCAUCCUGGGCCUCGCCAUCCUCAUGGAUGUGAGGACACAGGAGCAGUGGUACUCCAAGACCGCAUUCGCGCCUCUGUGGCUGAAGUUCACAGAGAACAACCCCUACACAACCACCUUGUGCGUCAACGGCGGCGCCGGCCUCGCAAUCUUCCUGGCCAAGCGGAUAUACGAGCACAGGAGCGCGCUCAAGGCGAGUUGA